AUGACAUCUAUUCACCGUGGAACCAACACAGCCAAUGGCGCAAACAACAACAUGAAGCUCUCCUCUGAAACUCCAGCUUCCUUUGCUUCAGGUGGACUUGUUCAGCAACGGAAGGACAAGUUGGAGGAAGUGUGUGCUGCUCAACGUGGUCUCAAGAUUGUCAAGAAGAGCAAGUGGCAUGUCGGUGGAUCUGGUUAUGGCUCUGGUGUGUACAAGAAGAAGACGGUGGUCCGCUUUGAAGAUUCCAAUGGCAACAAGGUAGUACCCCUUGUCAAGAAUAUUGCCAAGAACUAUGGCAAGAAAGAAUAG